AUGGAUCGGCAAGAAGAAGAAAGUAUGGAAUUAAUAUUCCAUAUAUACAGCGAAACAAGAGACGGAGAAAUGAUGAUUUCUGUUCCCUAUUUCUUACAGAUUAUAAAGGAAUGCGGAUUACGAGAAAAUGAUCAGCGCCUACUACCUGUAAUCAAAGCACUGAAAUCAUACUUGGCAGAAGAUCGUACUGGGUUUAUAAACAUAGAGACAUUCAAAAAAUGCAUUAAUAAAUGCACAUUCUUGCUCCGACGCGCAUUGCAAGGCGACUUUGUCAUUCCUGAUUUUCAAGUAUUUACUUCUACAUUAAAAGAUUUCUAUCAUGAAGCGAAAUUAAUAAAUGAUGGUCAGCUUUCUGAUUACAUUCCUCAACUCGAACGAUUAUCACCUGAUAAGUGGGGUGUUGCAGUCUGUACUGUAGAUGGCCAAAGGUUUUCCAUUGGUGAUUGCAAAGAUAAAUGGUGUCUUCAAUCAUGCUGUAAAUGUGUUAAUUAUGCAAUGAUAUUAGAUGAGCGUGGAGGAGAUGUGGUACAUAAAUUUAUUGGCCAGGAACCUAGCGGUCGAAGAUAUCAUGAUAUGAGCAUGAAUUUAGAAGGUAAACCGUAUAAUGCUUUGAUAAAUCAAGGUGGCAUAAUGGGAUGUGCAUUAAUGAAGGUCAGAGACCGAUACAAGCAAGCAGCUGGAAAUGAGCAUAUAGGAUUUGAUUUACCGACUUUCCUGUCCGAAAAGGAAACCGGGCAUCGAAACUAUGCACUAGCUUAUCAUAUGUUUGGAAAGAAGGCUUUUCCUCCGGAUACAGUAUUAAACGAAGUAUUAGAUCUGUACUUUCAACUUUGUUCAGUUGAAGUAACGUGCGAAUCCGCUUCAGUAAUUGCUGCAACUCUAGCUAAUGGAGGAAUUUGUCCUACUACUGAACAGAGGGUGUUUAAUGAAACGGCUGUAAGAGAUACCUUAUCAGUCAUGAAUUCUUGUGGAAUGUCGGACUAUACGGGACGAUUUGCAUUUGAGGUUGGUUUACCAGCAAAAUCAGGAAUUAGUGGCGGUAUAUUCAUUAUUAUUCCUAACGUAAUGGGAAUUUGCACUUGGUCGCCCUUACUGGACAAUCAUAGUAAUAGUGUUCGUGGAGUCAAAUUUUGUAAGAGAUUAGUGGAAGAAUUCAACUUCCAUUAUUACGAUAGCCUUAUAAACAUAGAAAAAAAUGAUCCGAGAUUGUCUGCAGAAUAUGUAUAUGGAUUAAAAUACAGUAGAAUAUUUACUGCUGCAGCAAGUGGCGAUUUAUCUGCUCUGAAAAGAUAUUGCCAAUGCGGUGAUAUGGAAGCGAUUGACUAUGAUCAGCGAACAGCCUUACACGUUGCAGCGGCUGAAGGUCAUUACAAUGUCGUUAAAUACCUCCUUAGUGUGUGCAAAGUUAAUCCUAAUCCAAAGGACAGGUGGGGGAAUAUUCCCAUAGAUGAUGCUGAAAAAUCGGGAAAUCAUCAUGUUGUGGCUUUACUGAAACACUAUUCCGAAUUAGAAAGAGAACUUAAAAAAAAGCCUACAUCCUAA